AUGGCAGACGACAACGAGCCCCGCACCCUCAAACAGAUCGCCGCGCUCGCCGCGCAGAAACGGCAGGCCAUCGAAGCUACCUCACCAGUGUCCAACCCCUCCUACGCCGCCGACCUCGAGACCGCCAUUCAGGCCCAUCGCGAUACCAUCCAAACGAUCUCCCGUGUCUCUCUCUUCUCCCCGAACGAACCCCUCGACGACAUUGCGACCCCAGACCUCCCCUACCUCCUCACGGAAUCCUUCCUUGCCGACCUCUACCUCAAGACCCCGACCCCGAACCCCAUCGACCGCGAGCUGGUCCUCUCUGAAGCCCGCGAAGCCUACGAGCGCUUCCUAGCCUCCCUCGACUCGUACGAGAUCCUCACGCCCGCCCACAAGACCCUCUACUCCCGCUACACCGACGACCCCGCCGCCUUCUCCACCGUCGCCGCCUCCGACCCUUCGAAGCGGCGCGACGCCAAGAUCGCGAAUUUCAGGGCCGAGAAGGAUCUCAAAGCCCGGCUCGCCACCCUCGCCGCCAAUCCCCGCUACGUCGAUGACGGCGACGAGGAGAUCCUGCGCGCGCUGUACCUCGCCCAGCUCGAGUUUGCCGCGCACAACGCCUUUCAGGGCCUCGAGGGGCUGAACCGCGAGCUCGAGGUCCUCGCGCAGGCGGCGACCGCGCGGCCGCUGCUGCCGGCGAGGGAGACGGUCGAGGAGGACGCGCGCCGGCGCCGCGCCGCUGAGGAGAGCGGCCACGCCGAGAGGCUGGAGCCGCGCCGGCUGCGCAGCAUACUGGAACAGAGCGGGCCGCUGCUCAGCAAAGCUGGGAAGCCCAUGCGGCCCUUUACGCUCGUCGGUUCGCGCGAGGAGGCGCAAGCUGGCGUCUUUAGGACGGGCCAUAACCUGCCGACCAUGAGCAUUGACGAGUAUCUGGAGGAGGAGAGGAAGCGUGGCGGCAUUAUCGAGGGCGGUGGCGAGGCCAGCUUUCACAGACCCGAGCCGGAUGAGGACGAUUACGAAAAGGCGGAUGAAGCUACGUACAAAGCGAGGGCUUGGGACGAGUUUGUCGAGGCGAACCCCAAGGGGGCUGGAAACACGUUAAAUAGGGGGUAG